ACCUCAAUUAAAUUUAACAGUACGUUACCUUAACCAUCCGUUAAAUCCAUAACUGACUGUUACUUAACGGUCAGUUUAAUUAUUGUUGCUCAUAGCUAUUUAACGCUGCCGUUUAGUAACGCUAGCGUUAAAUGCUUAACAGUCAAUUAAAUCCAACUUCCUGUCCCAUAAUUCAUCUGUCACCAUCAUUCAGCAUCCAAGAUGGCCGACAUCAUAAAGUCUUCUGCUUAUGAUACUGAAAAACAAAAAAGGAGAAAAAAACCUAAUUUCACAGCUAGUGAAACUUUGAUUAUAGAGGAAUGUAUGGGAGACUUCGAUACAAGGGAAAUGCUGACUAACAAAUUUACUGAUAAAAUUUCUAAUGAGAAAAAGAAAAGAAAAUGGGAAGAAAUAGGUGUCAAAUGUUCUGCCCUGGGGUGUGCUGUUCGGACUGGCGAUGAAAUCAGUGUUAAAUGGCAGAACAUGCGAAAAAAUGCCAAGGCUGAGAUAACAAGUGAAAGGCUCCAGCGGAGAGAGAGUGGGCGGGGUACUGACACGCUAAAGAAGGCUACAGAUCAAGCCAAUAGAAUUGUAUCUAUACAUGCUGAUGCCAGUUUCAAUGGAGUUGUAGGUGGAAUGGACUCUGAUGAGCCAGAUGGUCUUUCGUUUAUACCAAAUUUAACAGAUGAAGAAGAUGCGGAGAGUGAAAGCCUUAGGUCAUCAAAGUUACCCCCGCCAUCCAAGAUCAUGAUGGCGGCACAGGCUACUGCAGGACCAUCAAAGAGCAGUUACCAAGAACACAAACAGGAACGUGUUGUCAAGAGAAGGAAGACCAAAGCAGAGGAACUUAUUGAUUGGCAAAUUAUAUACUUUCAAAAUCAGGUGGAAUUGGCACAGCAAGAGAAGGAAAUCAAUCGGGUGAAGCUGAGAGUGAUGGAAAAAUAUGAAAAAAAACUUGAUGCAGAGGAAAUAGACGGAUUCAUCCGGACAACCUUCUUCGAGAGUUAA